CAUCGAUCAUGCCAAACAGCGUGAAGCGUUCGGAGAGUGCGCUUAUAAGCGUUUUAAGAAGCACUGUUAUUUUUAUUGAAGGCUUGUCGACUUGACUUGAUUUCUAGCUUACGCUGAUUAUAACAGACUAUCAGGCAGGCGCCGUUGUUUUUUGCGCAUCGUGCGCUGCGCUAUGCUGCCGCUCAUCGCUGCUGUACAGAUAGCGCGCUGGCUGGUGUAGCAUAUGCGCGCAUGCAAAUGCCAAUGUGAAAUCAGUGAGUGGCAAAAGCUUCAAGUAGCUGGUACGGAUACGUAACGCGCGCGCACAUUUACCCCGUUAUACGAGUAGUCGUAGUGCUCGCCAAGCAAUUUAAGGCAAUCAAUUAGAUGCUGAGGCUGGAGCUGUGGCCUAAAACUGAGAAUGGUGCUGAAGUGUACACUGUGCCAAAGGCAUUGUGUAGUUGAACCUGAUUUGUAUGUGUUGUGCAUGGUAAGGUUAUGCUAAGAUAGUGAAGAACAAGAAAAAGCUUAGUGCCACACAUAUAUACCUACAUACAAGCAUAUAUUCAUAUAUGAUAAUAUUAAAUACGCAACUGUGUACAAAAUUUUACCACAGAAGUGUAGUGAAAACUAAUAUUUGAUAAAAAAAAAACAACAACAAGUGCUAAAACAACAUGCAUGCAACAACACGCGUAAAUUCAGCAAAUAAUUUUGCCAACAAUCACAUAGAGCCAAACUUUGGCAGUGCAAAAUCCAGCAGCAACAACAAUACCUACAAACGCAUACCAACAACAACAAUAACAACACACUCCUAUUGCAACAUCGGUGCCAGCAACAACCUGCCGCUACAACAAACCACCGCCAACGAGACAGCCGCAAGCCAACAACAACAAAAACGACAGCGUCCAACAGCACAGGCUGAAACGAUGACAGGCCGAGAGUGUUUCAACGUUGCAUAUAGCACAUUGACAACAAUGCGACUAGUGGGGGGUGCCAAGGAGUCGGCUGCGGUGGCGGGCAAUGGCGAGGAAGCGAGGACUAAAUUGAAGCCAGCAAUGGCAAUUAAAAUCAUCAGUGACAAUAAUAGCAAGAACAAUAACAACAAUACUAAUGCGCAUAAGAAUGUAAACAACAACAACAAUAAUAACACGGACAACAAAUCAACAACGAAAUCAACAGCAACAACUGGUGCCAAAUUAGACUCAUCGAUGUUGAUUAAUGCUCGCAAUCAAUUGUCGACAACGACGACAACUGUGACAACGCAUGAACGAUGGCAACAACAAGAACAAAUAAGACAACGACAACAACAACAAGCUGAACACAUGUUGUCCAUAACAAGGGACCUCAAUCAAAUCAAUUUAAAAUCAUCACUUUACGCCGAACAACAAGUAUACAAUGACAACAACAACAAGCACAAUUGUAGAGGCAACAAUCAGCAGCAGCAACAAAAUAGCUUGAGUAGUAGCGUCAGUAGUAACAACAAUAACAUUCGUAAUAAUAAUAAACACAGCAAGGCGGGUAAUAUUAAUCAGCAAAAACAACAACAACAACAACAAACAAUAAAUUGCAACAACAAUAACAACAGUGUAAAGGACUGUGAUCAAGCAAUUGACAACAGCAACUGUAAAAACAAGCAAAACAUGAGAAUGAUAAAAGAUGACAGCAACAACAACAGUAAUGGGAGCAAUGCGCCAGAGCAACAACAACAACAACAAGAACAACAAAUGAUAACGCUAACAAUAGCAAAAGCUGCGCAAACGGAAACCAACGCACUGAUCAGCGAGAAAAUAAGCACAACAAUGAAACUAAGCACAACAACAACAACAAGAACAAUAACAUCACCAACAAUUGAAAGAACGAAAGCCAAGACGACAAAGCUUACGCUACGCAAAUCAUUCUCCACACCAGCUUCAUUUAAGAUUGCUGACGUAGCAGCGGCGUUGAGCCACAGCGAUGGCAAUAUGAUGAUUGGCUACAACAACAACAGCAACAGAUCAAGUGAGAGCUGUAGCAAAAGCGUGAGUAAAGCGUUGCCAAAGUCAGAGCAAUUGAGUGGCAAGAAAAGUGAUAGUGAUGAUGUUGGCGGCGAUGAAGAUCAUGUCCGCGACGCUGCCACAUGUACAAAGCCAACAGCGACAUCAGCAGCAGCAGCGACAAAAGUAAACUUUGCACCAUCACCAGCAAUAAUCACAAAUGCAACACAGCGUGCUAAUGCUUCAAUUGAGGCAAUAACAACAAUAGCAAAAACAACAACAAUAAGCGCAUCACCGCAGCUUGCCACAAUGGAUGGCGUAACGCGUUCGCAGACUGUCGCGCAUGCUUCGCAGCAACAAGACACACAACAGCGACAGCUGCUACAGCAACAAGCGCAGCACCAACAACAGCAGCAGUCAGGCACGAAAUCAGUAAAAGCGAUAGAUAAUGAUAAUCAAGUCAUUUGCGGCAACAAAAGUAUUUCGGAUGUUGUUGUGGCCAGCACGACAACCACCACGUCCUCGUUGCCGCUGUCGCCCGUUAGCUUCGAUUUGGAUUUGCGCUUCGGUUGUGCGCAUUACAAGCGCCGCGCCAUGUUUGUGACACCAUGCUGUAAUAAAUUCUACAAAUGUCGUUUUUGCCAUGAUGAAAAUGAAUCGCAUCAUUUCGAUCGUAAAACAUUAACCGAAUUGAUUUGCUCCGCGUGCAAUACACGACAGAAAGUGCAGGAGCAAUGUGAGGCAUGUGGCACGCGAUUCGGCAAGUACACCUGCCUCAUCUGCAAUCUAUUCGACGACACCGACAAGAAACAAUAUCACUGCAACGGUUGUGGUAUUUGUCGCAUCGGUGGCGCUGUGAACUUCUUCCAUUGCAAGGUGUGCGACAUGUGCCUGCCAAUUCGAUUGAAGAUCGAUGGCCAUCGGUGCGUUGAGAAUAUUUCACGUUCGCAUUGUCCCGUUUGCCUGGGCGACAUACACACAUCCCGUAUACCAUGUCACAUACCCGAUUGCGGUCAUCUACUACAUAAGACGUGCUUUGAUCAAUUGCUCAACUCGGGACAUUAUACAUGCCCCAUUUGUCAGACAUCAUUAAUUGAUAUGACUGCGUUAUGGGAGUAUUUGGAUGCGCAAGCGGUGUUGCUGCCGGUACCAAAGAAAUAUGAGAAUCAACGUAUACAUAUUUUUUGCAACGACUGUCAUAAGACCUCUAAGACCAAAUUCAAUUUUAUCGGUUUGAAAUGUAUGCAAUGUGGCGCUUAUAAUACAACACAGGAUGUCAAGCGACGUAUGUCAUUGGUCACAGAUGAACCAUCAUCAGCAUGACGAUGCACCCAUUUUCCUACAACCACACCUAUUUUCGCAAACCAAAUUGCAUCUCCUUUUGUUGAAGUCAACGUAAAACACUGGAGAUCUUGCCAUUUCGAGAUUGUGCACUGCUACAGUAGUCGCCGCCGCUGCAAAGGAAUGCUGGUAUGCCAUAAACUCGUGUCGCAAAUCCGUUUACGUUCGCUAAACAUAACAUUUCAUUAUAGUGAAGCGUGAAAUAACUGCAACUGGUGCUACCAUGUCAAGUACAUAUACACAUACAUAUAAUAUUUAAGUCUGUAUGGGUGUGUCAGGCGUUGGAUUAGCUGUUGCGGUAUUUGCAGGAAUGUAGAUGACUCGUCGGUCAAUUCGAACUGACAUCGAAUACCUUAAUCGAAUUACAACGCAUAAUUUUUGAAAUACACUACUAAAUACAAUAACAUACAAGUAAAAUCACUUUUGUUUGUAUUUUUUGUUUUAUUUUAUUUUCACAUUUUUUUGUUUGUGUAAGCAUUUUGUAAAGUCAACGAAUAUUAUUGCAUUUAAUUAAAUAAAGUUAAUAUAAUAUUAAAAUAGCUGUUAGUAUUUGAUAAAUAUAUUAUAUGCAAAUGUACUACAUUAUAUAUAAUUAUAUAUAAUAUUAUAUAUA